AUGAUACUCUCCCCACUUCCCAAACACCCAUGGAAAGCAAUAGGAAUCGAUCUUUUCUGUGUGGAUGGAGUUAACUACUUCGUGGUUGUGGACUACUACUCACGUUUCUUUGAAAUCAAGAAGCUGAAGCGUACCACCACACAGAACACAACUGAAGCACUGAGUCAGAUCUGCGCGCGCUUUGGGGUACCGGCUAUCAUACGAUCAGACAAUGGCCCUCAGUUUGCUUCGGCACAGUUCAAAGCGUUUGUCAAGCAAUGGGGAUCAAGUCACGUAACCAGCAGCCCCUACUUCCCUCAGAGCGACGGUGCGGCAGAAAAAACAGUUCAGACUGCUAAACAGCUGAUCAAGAAAUCGCCAAACAUCCACAAGGCUCUGCUCGCGCAUAGAUACACGCCAAGGAAAGAAGGAUUCACACCAGCGGAACUCCUCAUGGGAAGGCGCCUAAGAACUGACGUGCCCGUGGCACCACGCAUGCUGAGGCUACGGUGGAGCACCGUAGAAUUUACAAAACGAAACGAAGCCUACAGGAUCAAGCAGGGGCAACAAUAUAACCGGAGACAUAGGACCUUAGCAAGAGAUCCCAUUCAACCGCAGACAGCCGUCCGCAUUCUGUCUGGUGCUCCAAUAACAGGGAUUGUCAUUGGGCCAGCUCACACGCCUCGUUCAUGUGUGGUGAGCACACCUGGAGGUCUCACAAGACAUACCAGCAAACACCUCCAGCCGCUACAACCUGUGGCGACAACAAGUGGACGAACCGUGAGAGCUCCGAGUCGGCUUGACCUGUGA